UCGAGCAGCAGAGGGAGAAAUCUGUCCCGCAAAACCUCCCCGUUUUAGUCAAGCAUGUCGCUUUUGCGUUUGCAAGGAGUCUUACUACCCAAACACCGGAGAAUGCGAGGCUACCAAUGACUUCACUGACCGACAGUUUGAAACGUUUUGUCGUCCUGUAAAGAGGAAAAUGUCUCGCUGGGUUUGCUGUCCGCUGCUGCUGCUGCUGCUGUGUGGAGUUCAUGCUCAAGUGGAAAACCGGGUCAUUUUCCUGCCGGGAACCUUCCAGAACGUGAAUGUCUCUCAGAAUGAGACGGUGCAGGUGGUGGUGUCCAGGAUCUCCUCGGAUGUCGCUUUCGUCACCCUGCAGUUCCACACGCAGCACCGCAACGCCACACUCUCCUACACCACGAUGCCCGGCACAGGUCUCUCUCUGACAGCGGUGGACUCGGGCCUCCUGUCAGCUCUCCAGCCGGGCCAGACAUCCCUCUCCUUGUUCCUGUUCUCUCCCGACGGUGAAACAGUGGCAGGCACCGGUGUCAUCCUGCCGUACUCCAGCAAAGACCCGGUGCCUGGAGCUUGUAACAUAGAGUUUAACCUGGAAAUCGACCCGAACGUCUAUCUCCACUACAACCUCUACGAGACCACCAUCCGCUUUGCACCCGCCAACUUAGGAUACGAGAGGGGUGAUACUCCACCAGCCUGCGACACCUCGACAGCAAGCAACACACGCUGGCGGCUGCAGUAUGACGUCUACCAGUACUUCCUGCCUGAGAACGACCUAUCUGAGCGCAGCCUGUUCAGUGGCAUUCAGGACAUUGCAGAAAUCCAGGGCCUGAUGAAGAAUGGCAAACGGGUCAUGACACUGAUAUCAACAGAGAAGAGCAUGGCGGUGUUUAACUCCAUCCCCGGCCAGGGCGUCAUCUUCUCAAUCAUUGUCAGAGACCCAGUGUUAAACACCUCGGCCUCGUACAUCCCUGUCCACACGUACGCCUGCAGCUUUGCUUCCACUCUUGACAGCUGUCAGACACUCGGAAAGCCGUCAACAAAGGUUUUCUUCACCAUCGCUGGCCUGGCAGGCCUGUUCGUCUGCUUCUUUGGGCAUCGAUUCUUCAAAUGUGAGUUGUUCUGCAUGGGAUUCAGCUUUGCAACGUUUUUCUUCUUCGUGCUGAUCACAAGGACCACAGACCUGGACUAUAACAUCCGUCUGGCCUUGUCGGCAGUGAUCGGCGUAGUGGGCGGGGUCCUCCUGGUAAUGAGCUGGUGGCGUUUCGGCUCAGUUAUGGCCUGCGUCGUGGUGGUCGGACUGAUGCUCGGCUUCCUUAUCGCCUCCACUGUUAUGUUCACUCCUCUCGGUGACCUUGAUGUGUUUCGGCAAUCAGAUGUGGUUUUCUGGGUGACGUUCUGCUCGAUCAUGAUUGUCGUCCCGCUGUUUUUCGUGCGUUGGCCCAGAGAGGGUAACAUCACAACAUGCGGCGUUGUGGGUGCUUACGCUGUGAUUCUGGCUAUCAAUGCCUACAUCUACACCAGCCUCUCCUACAUCACCCUGAACAUCCUCAAACGCUUCCUUAACAACAACUUCAGCUCAGUAUUCACAGACGUGCCGUUCCAAACCAUCGACUACGCAAUGAUCACGGUGUGGGUGGUGCUCGGCGUCUGCGGUAUCGUCCUGCAACUGUACCGCGAGCGCUCACGGCCGUUCUUCCCGCCCAGCCCGUAUCUCAUGUGGCUGCAGGAACGGGAACGCCGCAAGACCAACGUCCUUGACCCGAGCCACCACUUCCCCUCUCUGCCAAACCGCCUCCUGGCCAGAGCGCGGCAGCUCACCAUGCGGGCGGAGCCGGCAGGGGAACACACACCUCUGCUCCUGUAAAACCGUGGAUGCCCUCGCCGUGUUCAUCUAAAGGCUCUUCAGUGUGAACUAGAACGGGAGCGAUCACUGUCACGCAGUUUGGACAUGUGCAGCUUCAGACUGCCAAGAGACAAGGAAGGCAGCAUGAUUCUGGUGAUCAGGAGCAAUGCUACUCACGUUUAGUGCUGACAGAGGGAUUAUAUCACUGACACUCUUCAAGUGGAUUUCAAUUUUAAAAGUUUUGUACAGAGACUGGGAGCAUUUCUUCCUGAUAACUAAUGCCACUUGUAUUAAACACUUAAAGUUAUCUUUAACAAUCACUGAAACUGGUCAAGGGUUAGGGGACUAAAAAGAAAAUCACAAAUAGUGACAUCAGAUUGUUUUCAAAUGUUUUAUGAUAACUAAAAUGUAGCUGUGGAUGCGUCAUGAUGUCUCUCUCUUCUGCACAUUUCUGUUUGCACUGAAUCAAGACAUUUGAUCUGCGGACGCUUUGAGCAAUGAUACCAGCAUGGUUUAAUCCAUCUGGCACCCAAAACAAAACAUGUCUACUCAGAACUUCUUUUUUGUAGUUUGGUUUUCAACUACACAGGCAGGACAGAUGUUUAAUAGACAAAGACGUCUUUCAAAUUUGGAAGACAAACUUUAGGUAUUGAUUUUAUGUUUGAGGCUAAAUCUAAAUGUGGCAUUUGUCCCUUUGCAUUCGAGGUUCAGCCAGCAGUAAUGAGGGGGUCAUGAGGUCAGUAAACUGAAGAUGCAGUUCACAAACCAAAAGGCAAAAACUGACAAAGUAAAUGAACACAAGGUUGCACAAUUUUAACAAUUUAGCCUUCACACAAAAUAAGUGUUUCUCCUUCUCUCUGUUUGCUCUUUAGAAACCGAUGUUUUAACCUUUAAUCUCUUUGUAAUUUGCACACUGGAUUUUAAUGUGUUUCAUUCUUCUGGCCUUAUUGGUGCUGAUUGAUCGAUUGAACUAAAUCUGUUAAUCCUUGUUGCCCAUGUGCCAUGACUUCUCUCAGGGUUUCACGCUUUUAGACCACGACGCACCAAGACGACUGAUGAAACCUUGGAUUUGGUCUUUAAGCCUGUAAAUGUCUGUCAGAAUUUUAUUUAGUUACUGAGAUGAAAUUUCUGGUCUCUCUUUUUUUUUUCUUACCAAAAACAAUAUGCAGACAGUGUUUGAAAAAUUAGGUCAACUAUACUUUGUAAUUUAACAUUUUUUUGUUUUUGAUAUUUAAUAAAUGCC